AUAAGUUAGUCUGAUUUGUUUUAAUAAUUGAAGAUGAUAAUUAUAAGAUUAAGAUUAAUAAUAAGCGAUUGUUGAGGGAUGAGCUUUUAAGUAGGGGUGAACAUUGCCAAAUAAGGUGUUUGAUGAGGGUUUCCGGUUUUUCGUUAGCAUUUGCGCCACCACUCGGUGUCUGUUUAAAUUAUUCACCACGAGUGUGUAAAGAGCAGUUUUAAGUUAAGAGGAUGAGGGAACGAAUGAGCUUUUAUUUGUAAGUCGGCAAAUACGUUUACAUAUGUAUUAUUAUAUAUAUCUAUAUCUCUAUAUAUACAUAUAUUUACAUAUGUGUACGUAGUACGUUUAAAAUUAUAAAUCGCCCGUGGGUUGCGAACUUAUAGUUGCCAAAAAUACGAUAUGCGUGAAACACGUUAAAUUUUAGUUUUAAAAAAUUUUUUUUGUGUACUUAGAUUUAUUUUCAAUGUAAUGGGAUUUUUUUGAGUGAUUUUUAGUGAAGAAAUUUUCUGGAUUUUUACUUCAAUAUAUUUUUAAAGUAAAUAAUAGACAUGUCGUUUCGCGUGGUACGUAGCAGCAAAUUCCGCCACGUUUACGGAACAUCUUUGAAAAGGGAGCAAUGUUACGACAAUAUCAGAGUGUCUAAAUCCUCCUGGGACUCUACCUUUUGUGCUGUUAACCCCAAAUUUUUGGCUAUCAUUGUUGAAUCUGCUGGAGGUGGUGCUUUUAUUGUUUUGCCACAUAAUAAGGUGGGCAGGAUAUCCGCAGAUCAUCCACUGGUCGGCGGCCACAAAGGUCCUGUUUUAGAUAUCGCCUGGUGCCCACACAAUGACAAUGUUAUCGCCUCUGGUUCAGAGGACUGCGUGGUGAAAGUUUGGCAGAUUCCAGACAGUGGGAUUUCGCGUACGCUCACGGAGCCGGUCGUCGACUUGCAGCUCCAUCAGCGACGAGUUGGCCUGGUAUUAUGGCACCCGACCGCGCUCAAUGUCCUCCUGACCGCAGGCUCCGACAAUCUCGUGAUAAUUUGGAAUGUCGGUACCGGAGAAGCUGUUGUCAAAAUAAACUGCCAUCCUGAUGUCGUCUACUCGGCCUGCUGGAACUGGGACGGCUCGAGGCUGGUCACUACGUGUAAAGACAAAAAAAUACGGAUUGUCGAUCCCAGGUCGGGUGAAAUCCUGGAGGAAGCUAUUGCUCAUGAAGGAAGCAAAGCUACUAGAGCGAUAUUUUUAAGAGGUGGUUUAAUAUUCACGACAGGAUUCAGCAAAAUGUCUGAGCGUCAGUAUUCGUUGCGAGCACCAGAUAUGCUAGGAGAACCAAUAGUUAUGGUUGAAUUGGACACCAGCAAUGGAGUAAUGUUCCCUCUGUAUGACCCAGACACCAGUCUUGUCUACUUAUGCGGCAAGGGCGACUCUGUUAUCCGGUACUUUGAAAUCACUCCAGAACCGCCAUUCGUUCAUUAUAUCAAUACCUUCCAAACACCCGAUCCACAACGUGGUAUCGGAAUGAUGCCAAAACGCGGCUGUGACGUUAAUAGUUGUGAAAUUAGUCGAUUUUAUCGUUUAAACAAUUCGGGAUUCUGCCAAGUUAUUUCGAUGACCGUACCAAGAAAGUCUGAAUUAUUUCAAGAAGAUUUAUAUCCUGAUACACCUGGUGAUACUGCAGCAAUUUCUGCUGAAGAAUGGGCUGCUGGUACCGACGCGGAACCUAUUUUAAUUUCUCUUAGAGACGGUUAUCAACCUACAGCGUCUAAGAGCGAAUUAAAAUGUACUAAAAAAGCUAAUGUACUUGGUAAAAGCACUAAAGUUGGAGCUAAUGCACAAAAUUCAUCGCAGAAUAAUGCUAACUUUGAGGAUAUAAUAAAAGAAUUCUCUGAAGAGAUAAGAAAACUUAAAGCCGUUAUCGUGAAGCACGAAGGAAGAAUUCGCGUACUCGAGUCAGCAGUUGCAUUGCAAAUGAAAGAAGAUGAAAGAGAAAGAAACGACAAUAAAACAUCAUCGUCUCCGGCAGAGAAAGAAUUUUUAGCUUCCGACGAAGUAUGAUCAUAAGGAAUAUUUUUUAUAAAAAUUUACUGGAAAAACUAAAAAAAAAAAAAAUAUUGACGAGAAAGAAAUAUGUUUCAUAGCGAACAGUGGUUCUUUUAACUUAACUGAAUAACAAUAAAUAAAUAAAUUAAUUAAUUAAUUAAAGAGUAAAAUGUUAAUGACAAAUAACGAAAUAAGAUCGUAUUAUAUUUAAUGAAGUAAAAGUUAAAGAAAAGUUUAAAAGUAAUUGAAGAAAUGAUAAAAUCGUGGACGAAUAAUUCGUGUAAAUAUUAGAUAGUUAGCCGAGUUGCCUUAUAAUUAAUAUUCCGAUCAUUUUUUUGCUACGAUCUUUGUUAUUUAUUGUAUUGUAUUUACAUCGUUAAAUCAUCGUGCCUAUUUACCUGUUUUUACUGACGACUUUAUUUGAAUCUUUGUAUUUUUAACAAUUAUUAUUAUUUUAAUUAUUAUACAUAUGUAUAGUUGAGCUCAACGACAAAGUAUCUCGUUACCUGCUAAUAAUAUCAUUAUUAACAUGACAAUGUUAUAUAUUUAUAUAUAUAUAUAACGUUAUUUUUUGAAA